AUGGUCGAGGCUACGCAUUUCAUCGACGGAUCCCAAAUAUACGGCUCCGAUGAGAAAGUCGCUGCAGACUUGCGGUCGUUCAAGGACGGUCGAUUAAAAUCGGACUUUUACGUAGGUCAACAGGAAUUUUGUCCUCAAAGGAAUCGGACGUCGAAGCAAUGUGACACAUCGCCAAAUUCGGCAGUUUGUUUUGCCGCGGGUGACAGUCGGGUAAAUCAAAACCUAGGAAUCGCUCUUUUCCAAAACGUGUUUUUGAGAUUCCACAAUAUUGUUGCAUAUGACUUGAAACGUUUCAAUCCGUUUUGGCGUGACGAAGAAAUUUAUCAAGAAACGCGUAGGAUUGUAAUCGCAGUCAUUCAGCACAUUACGUACACCCAUUAUCUGCCGAUUUUGUUGGGAGAACAUUUUAUGCAUUUAUACGGAUUUUUCGAACAAACGGUAUACGACGAAAAUGUAAAUCCGGGCACGACACAAGAGCAUUCGACAGGCGCGUUCAGGAUACUCCAUAAGGAAAUCCCUUCUAUUUUAAAUUUUAUAGGUAAAUACCACUUCAAUAUCCAUCCCGUUUUGCUCACCGACUGGAUGAAUAAGCCCGAUCUUUUGCCAAUGCCGAAUAACUUUGAUAGUCUGCUUCGUGGAUUUCAAGAAAUGCCUACUCGUGAAGAACAGCCGUCUUACAACGUUUGGAUUUCAAAUUGCUUAUUCCAACAAACUACACCGAAAUUCAGCGGAAGUGAUUUGCUCUCGACGGAUAUACAAAGAGGUCGAGAUACCGGGAUGCCCCCUUAUAACAAGAUGAGAUCGGUUUGUGGAAUUCCGGAAGCUAAAGAGUUUGACGAUUUAAUCGAUUUAAUCCCUUACAAGGACAUUCAGAAAUUGAAAAGCCUCUAUUCUUGUGUGGACGACAUCGAUUUUCUCGUGGGUGCGCUGUUGGAGAUGCCCGCCAAAGGUUCAAAGGUCGGCCCCACGACCCAAUGCAUAUUAGCUGACAAUUUCUACCGACAAAAGAUUGGUGACCGUUUCUUUUAUGACAUACUCGGACAACCUGGAAGUUUUACGCCGGAACAAUUACAUACAUUGAAAAACGUUAAUUUCGGCAAUGUAAUAUGCGCGACGUCUAAACUACGGUUUUUACCGAAAAACAUAUUUAUGCCAUUCGACAGAAGAACUAAUACAAGACAAAUCGAUUGUAACACUUUUACACUAAAUCUGAAAGCGUGGGAAGAUACUCAUUAA